CAAACUGUAGAGCAUCUUGGUCAUUGAGUGAGAAAACUCAACUUUCCCACUCUAUUCAGAAACAUCUCGACACAUGAUGAGGACCUUCAUUCUCCUUGCCUCCUGCCUUUUCGUGCUAGGAUCUGUCAGUGGAGGUUUUUCGGGCAAGUCGCUGGUUUUCUCGACUCAAACCGACAGUACUUACGUUAAACUGCUUCCGACCGAAUUCUCCCAGCUCUCUGCGUUCACUCUCUGCCUGAGGGCUGCCUCAGAGGCAAAGCGAGGUUACAGCUUCUUCUCCUACGCCACAGCAACUAAGGACAAUGAGUUGCUGCUCUGGCACAACGAGAAUACGAAGCUGUCCCUCCGCCUUGACACUGACCUGUUCGAUUUUGACCUCCCAGAGAUGGACGCACAAUUGAAACACAUUUGCGUGACGUGGGACUCCCUGACCGGACUCACCACCUUCUGGAUCAACGGCAUCCGGAGCCUUCGCAAAGUUGGUCAUAAGGGGGAGGUGGUGCAUGGUGGGGGAACGAUUAUCCUGGGGCAGGAGCAGGACCAGGAAGGGGGUGGGUUUGACAGUCAGCAGAGUUUCGUAGGAGAGCUGGCAGAUGUUAACAUGUGGGACCACGUCCUGUCCCCGAGAGACAUCAAGGCUCUAAGUCGACGGUGCCACAGCACAGGCGGUAACAUCAUCAAUUGGGCCACAGUAGAGUAUGAGAGCAGGGGAAUAAUCAACAUACAGUACAAUCAAGACUGCAAGCUCCAAGCUGGCUGCGAUGAUUUGACAAUGACUGGAAAAUGCACUCACACAGAAUCUAACUCUCACACAGAUUCAUGCGCUCACAUAAUGUCAGACGCAUCCACAUCCACAUACAUACACACACACAAACACACACACACACAUACAAUAUACAAAUCACGUGAAAACCUAUGUGCAUUUCACGAACAAAGUUAGGACUUGAAAGAGUACCUUCUUUCAAGCGGGUUGGCCCCUUAAUUGUGAAUAUUCCUUUCUCUGAUGUUUAAUACAUGGUCUUGAAAUCUAUCUGAUAUGAUUAGGUCAAGAUUUGCAUAAUUUUAUGCAAACAUACAAGCAAAAAUUAAAAUGUGAUGCUUGCUUUCCAAACAAAAUAACAAAUUAACAUCAGAAAUUAGAAUUAGCU